AUGGAGUAAGGCAGAAGAAUUCCAGGAGGGGAACAGGCAGUGCUUUCUCUCAGCUGUCCGGUGUGCCAUAUCCUGAGUGGGGAAGGUGGGACUGACUUCAAAGCCCUGCGAGCAAAAUUUCAGAAUGACCCCGACUUGGCCAACAAGCUGGGGCAGAAACCUGCCAUGGAGAUCCCCCCCAAGCCUGGCUCUGCAGGGAACACCAGGUCCAGCCCUCUGCCCCUGGCCAAGAGAGAGGUGAAAGCGCCCAAACCUGCCCAUCCCACCCAGCACAGCCCCAGGGACACAGGGCUGAGUGCCCCCAAGAGCAGCUCAGAAAAGCUGUCCUGUGGCACUGACCUGCAAGGAUCAAACCAAACAUCUCCAGAGCACCCUCAGCUCCCAGAUUCUUUCCAGCACGUCCUGCAGAUCUGGGAGGAGACUUUAUCCCGCAAGGAGAGAACAAAUCCAAGGAUCCCAGCCCAGAGGGCAGCAAACCCAGCUGCUGCUGGCAGGGACAGGAUCCCAGCCCCUGGAAGCUCCCAGAGGAAGGAUGCUCUGCAGGGCAGUGGGAUUGCUCUUCCUCAGGCUCCCAGAGGACACAGGAGCUCUGAUGGAGCAGAGGGUGUGGUGGCACCAAGAGAGCUCCACAAAGGUAUGGUGAGUAUAACUAAUGAUCCUACGUGGAUUUUUGCUUAAAUCAGGGCUAAUUGCUGCCUGUCCUUGUGCUUCUCUGGAGCAGGAAAAUGGUCUUACAGCCCUGGGAGCAAGUGGCCGAGGAUUAAACCUCUCCCUUCAGCUGAAUCCCUGGGUCCAGCCCCUGGGAAGCCUCCAAGACCCCCAAAGGUUGAUCUCAGUGCUUUCCACAGCACCAUGCCUUUGGUCCACAGAGGAAAUGAAACAACUGCUGGAGAAGAGGAUUACCUGACCCCUGAAAGUGCUCAGCUUGAAGAGCAGAAUAAUUAUGAAGAAACCCCGAUGUACCUGAACCAGUCUGGGGACACCACAACCUUGUGUGUCAUUGAAGUACCUAAGGCAGAGCCUCAAAAACACAAGAAACAGAAGAUUUUUCCAUUUGCCAAAUCCAGUCCAGAAAGAGCUCAAACAGAGGAUGAAAAAGAGGCAAAACCAAGUCAUGAAAGAACAAAACUGGAAGAGAACAAAAUUUUCAAGACAGGUGGGGAGGAGCACAGGUCUCCCACCAGCCAUGCCCAGGCAGAGGGCAGAGGUGGGAUGAAGGUUCUGCAAGGGAAGCAGGAUGUGACCAGUCCCCAAAGUUCAACCCAUCCCACCCCAGCAGGGCUGGCAAAAGGCAGAGCAGAGCACUGGCCCAGCCUGGGUGUUGGUGCUCCAAAGGCAGAAGGAGCAGCCUUGGACCAAAGCCCUUGGCAGGCACCAGAGGUCAUCUAUGACGAUGUUGAGGAGCUGCAGGGCAGACUCCACGGCUCAGAUGCCUCAAGUUCCUUCACUUCAGACAGCAUUUCAGGAAACAGCUACGAGGAGACAUAUGAAGAUGUUGAGAUUGGGGGUGACAACCCAGCAAAAACAGAAACAGAAAAACAAAAGAGAUUUGGAAACCUGUUCAAGAUAGAAAAGUUGAAGCUGAACAAUUUCAGGCUCAAGGACAACCUAAGACUGGUUUCCAUUUCAGUACCAAAUUUAGCAGCUGUCUCCCAGGAGGACAGCGUGUAUGAUGAUGUCGAGGUGGGGCAGAGAGAGACCAGAGGGAAGGAUGAGAAGGGCAAAGUCUGGAUGCCAAAACUUCGGAUGGUGAAGGAGUCCAAGGACAAAAGGAGAAGCGUCGAUGAUGUGGAGAGAAAUAUCUUCAAAUUCAAGAAGAGCAGUGAAGAAAAGAACAAGAAGAUGGAUGAAGAAGAGAAGUUCUUUCGAGAGACGUUUAUGUACCACCAGGAGAUCCGUGUGCUCAGCAGGGCCAGGGCGGAGCGCUCGGUGCCCAGCCAGCGGCGUGCUGACCUGCCGCUCACAGCUGGGGAACAGCUGGAUGUCAUCGCCGCGCCGCACGGCCACGCCGUCAUCUGCCGCAACAGCCAGGGCAGAUAUGGGUACGUUCUGGUGGAGCACUUGAGCUUCAGGUAAGCUCAGCUUUUUAUUUAUGAUGAUGCAUGUUUUCCUCUCUUUCCUGUGUGCAGAUAUCUGGAGAAAUGUACUUAAAACUUCUGAAGGCAGGGGGAGUUAAUGUAAACAGCCAGUAUUCAAUAAGUAUUUCCAGUUUUGCUCUGCUGCUGGACAAGUUUCCAGUCCAACUGCAGCUAAAAAAAGCCCCAUCCAGUCAUGACUUGUAUGAAUUGGAGAUUCCUGACUUGCCUUCAGAUAUGCCAAAUUAAUCCACAUCUGCUGCAAACAUGGGCCACUCCGUGUGCCUUGCCUUGCCAAAACACGCCCUUAAAUUCCCUGCU